AUGCAGCGCUUCGCCUCCGUUUCUAGAGCUUUCACCUUGGCGCGUCGCUCGUACGCCACGUCGUCGUCCCCCUCGGCGUUGGUGCUUAUCGAGCACAAGGACGACAAGAUCGUUCCAGCUUCUCUGAAUGCCAUCACCGCCGCGAGGAAGCUUGGCGGCACCGUCACGGGUCUCGUCGUGGGUGAGGAGGCUUCGACCAAGGCCGUCGUGGAGGGUGCUCGAAAGUAAGUUUCAACAUUCGACAUGCGCUCUCUUACUCGACGCAGCGCGGACGGCGACAACGACGCCGGGCGGUCGGCAACCGAAUCAACGGUCGUAGUGCCGCUGCGAGUGCACGUCACCAAGUGAUUGUCGUUCUAUCAUCGCAUGGGGAUUUUGCGCUCUUGGGCCGGUGCAAUCCCACGAGGACCGCAUGGUCUGUCAUGAGCUGUCGUGGGAGUGCCUGCUUCCAGCAGCCGUCGGUCCGGACCGGAAGCAGCUCGGGUGUACAGCACUCCCUGUCACAGCAGGGCCACAUGGCAUAGGAAAUGCGUGGGCUUGGAAGAGGCUGGAACAUUACCAAUCGCCAUCACGGGAAUGAAGUAGCCAAUCCCCGGCGCAUCCUGGCCUCGCGGCCCUCGGAGAUCGGAUUGGAUGUGGUCCUUCACAGUGUGCAGUGGCCACUUUAGCACGCCGAACGACAGACUCACCGAUAUCCUAUCUAUAACACCAGGCUUGGGCUCGAUGCCCUCUUGCACCGAACAUCGCCUGCUUUGGCCCACGCUCUCGCCGAACCGUUGGCACCCGUCCUCGCCGCGCUCGUCAAGUCGGGCAACUAUACCCAUCUCGCCGCCGCUCACUCGGCACAGGGCAAGAACAUCUUCCCUCGAGUAGCGGGUAUUUUGGGCGUCCAGCAGGUGAGUCGGAGGGGUCUGCGGGGUCUGCGCCUCGCCUCUCUCUUUCGAAGACAGUCGAAAGAUCUGACCGGAGCGCGAGACAACCCUGAAUGCGCGCAGAUCUCGGAUGUCAUGGCGAUCGAGUCGCCCGACACCUUUGUACGACCAAUCUAUGCCGGUAACGCCAUCGCAACCGUCAAAUCUUCGGACGACAUCAAGAUCUUCACCGUCCGAUCGGCCUCUUGGGAUGCCGCACUUAGUGGCGAGGGUGCGACCGAAGUCGAUGCCAAGGCUGCCGAGGAGGUUGGGAAAGGCAAGUCGCGAUUUCCUGAAAGAGUGCAUCGAGGCUCGCAAGAGCUUACUCUGUUUCCUCACGAUGGUUAACAGAACAAGCCGCAUGGGUCUCGGAAGAGUUAACAAAGUCGGAGCGUCCCGAUCUCGGCUCGGCACAAGCUGUGGUCUCGGGUGGUCGAGGGGUCAAGUCGAAGGAAAACUUCGACUCAAUCAUCUUCCCUCUCGCCGAUGCGCUCGGAGCCGCCGUCGGAGCUUCUCGAGCCGCCGUCGACUCGGGCUACGCCGACAACUCGCAGCAGGUCGGGCAGACGGGGAAAGUCGUCGCUCCUAGCCUUUACGUCGCCGUCGGGAUCAGUGGUGCUCUGCAGCAUUUGGCAGGAAUGAAGGACUCGAAGACAAUUGUCGCCAUCAACAAGGUAUGGCGAAACUUUCUAUUAGAUUGAAGUGCUUAGGGACUGACAUGUCCUUUCAACCUGCGCGCCUUUGUCAGGACCCGGAUGCUCCCAUUUUCCAAGUGGCCGACCACGGUCUCGUUGCCGAUCUCUUCGAAGCCGUCCCCGAACUCACCAAGAAGGUCGAGGAGGCGAAGAAGUAA